CUGACUACAGACACACACCAGCUGUAACCACUCUGUGCACUCCUUCCGUCUUCUUUGUGCACUAAUACCACCCUGUGUCUGUGUGCACUCCCACCACCCUCUCUGUGCACUACCUACAUGUCUGUGUCCCGUUGUGACUUACGUACACGUCUGCGUGUGUACAUGUGUACGUCUCACUAACAAGACUAAAAGUUUGUGUAAUCUGAUGUGACUUGUUUCAGUUUUAUGCUGUAACUUAAUAAAAAAACUACAAAGAAUACGCAUAAAUGUAUACAUAUAGAACAUCAUUCAAAGAGCAUUCGUGAAGAGACGAACAAGGAAUUUCUGCAGCUAGACAAAAGUGAGGACAUAAAUUGAAGACAAACGAGGUAUAACGACCCAUCCCUGGCGACCGUAACUUACGAUCAUCAAACACGUGAGGCGACCCAGGUGAAGACGAGGUUCCCGGAGGCUGUGUGCUGGACACACACACAUCUCUCUUACACGGUCACUGUGAUGGAGCCAACAGCGACACCACCUCGUUUUGGCAGGUAUGGAAGAUGGAUGGUGGUGGUUGUGAUGGUGGUGGUGUUGGGGAAGACAGUAGCGACCUCCCUCAUCACAGCUCCACUAGAGGUGCCAGAGGUUAUGGCUAUACCUGCAGGUCCUCACCAGAAGUCUGAGCCGUACUCACUGUCGUGGGUACGUGAAGGUAGGCAGGCAGCCGUGCCCAUCCAGUUCAGUGAGAGCAGUGAUGCUGGCUCCCUUAUACUGAAUCAGGUCACUAACUACGGCAUUAAUGCCACUAACUACCUCACUAACGUCAAGGAACCUCAACUCUUCCAGGAAGGAUACCACCUUCAGCAGGGUGACCCAGGACUCUUCCUGGCAGCCUUCAACAAGCAGAAGAAGAGAAGCAAAGACUUGGCAUCCUUCGGUUACGCCUCCCUCAAGGCUUCAGAACUCCUCUCCAAGCAAUUCCUACUAACACGACAACAAGCGUUGUUUGGGUUAGAACAAGUUUCCCUGAGAAACACUGCUCUAUACGACGACUGCCCCGUCAAGACAGACCAACUGACAGAGCUGGAUUGUCCUGCAUACUCCGCCAUGUUCCGCACACUGGACGGUACUUGCAACAACCUGGAGAACCCAGGCUGGGGGGCUGCCUUCAGACCCUUUGCCCGCUUCCUUCCUCCAGACUACAGUGACGGGAUAGACAAACUACGAGAGAGUGUGUGGGAAGGUGAGCUUCCCAACCCUCGUAGGAUCAGUGACACCGUCCACCGAGCUCUUAAUAGUCCCUCCUACAAGAUUACUAUGAUGGUCAUGCAGUGGGGACAGUUCCUAGACCAUGACCUCACAGCGACUGCACAAACUCGAGGCUUCAACCACAGUGUACCCAAGUGUUGCAACGAGAAGGAUGGUGUUCCCCUGCCGGAGAUGUUCAGGCAUCCUGACUGCCUGCCCAUCAGCAUCCCCAAGACUGACGUCUUCUACUCCCAGUGGAACCACACUUGUAUGGAGUUUGUGAGGUCAUCUCCAGCUCCCAGACCCAACUGUGCUCUGGGUCCAAGGGACCAGAUCAACCAGGUAACAUCCUUCCUGGAUGGUUCCAAUGUUUAUGGUUCUGAUGACCAGGAGAUGGCACAACUACGUCUGUGGGAAGAUGGGAUGCUGAAGUACAAGCCUGUCAGGUUUAGGAAGCCGCUGCUGCCGCCGCUUCACCACUUCCAGGAGGGAGAGUGUCGUGAGAACUCCAGGAACCUUCACUGUUUCUUGGCUGGUGACGUCAGGGUCAACGAACAGCCGGCACUAACAAGCAUGCACACGGUGUGGCUGAGGGAACACAAUCGUCUGGUGGGACUCCUGGCAGAGAUCAACCCUCACUGGAGUGAUGACAGACUCUUCUUCCAGGCUCGUAAGAUUGUUGGAGCCCAGAUGCAGAAGAUAACUUAUGGCGAGUGGUUGCCUGUAGUGCUAGGUCCUGCUGUGAUGAAGGUGUUCCGUCUGCCCCUCCAGAGGUAUGGCUACUACCGAGGCUACAGACCCUCCACCAACCCUACAGCUACCAAUGCCUUCGCCACGGCCGCCUUCAGGUUUGGUCACAGCCUCGUACAACACACACUGAUGCGUUGUGACAAGACUGGUCGACGUGUUCCCUUCAGUAUCAAGCUUCACGAAGAACUUAUGAACCCGGCCAACAUACACAACUUUGGCAGUGUGGACCGCCUGAUGCUGGGCCUGGCCUUUGAGAUGGCCCAGGCCCGGGACGUCUACAUGACCAACGAACUGACCCGACACUUAUUCCAGACCCCAGGUCAUCACUACGGCAUGGACCUGGCCUCACUUAACAUACAGAGAGGUCGUGAUCACGGCCUCCCGGCCUACAACAUCUGGAGGGAACAGUGUGGCCUGCACAGGUUCACUAACUGGGGUGAACUGCUGCAGGUUAUGGAUGAUGACACCGUAGGCAGGCUGGCUGCUGUCUACAGACAUGUGGACGACAUCGACCUGUUUCCUGGAGGUCUGGCUGAGAAACCUGUCAUAAGAGGUCUGGUCGGACCCACCUUCGCUUGUAUUCUAGGACAGCAGUUCCUUAACCUGCGCCGAGGUGAUCGCUUCUGGUUCGAGAACGGGGGGCAGGUGUCAUCCCUGACGCCUGAGCAACUACGAGAGGUGAGGAAGGUGACGCUGGCACGAGUUCUCUGUAACAACCUCGACGAUGUUGACGAACUCCAGCCUAACCUCUUCAGACCUGUCACAGAAAACGGCAGGAACACCAAACAGUCGUGCCACGGACCUGGAAUACCCUCACUGGACCUCCGGCCCUGGAAGGAAGACUUCCCCAGCCUGGUGUACUCAGUCACUGCUGACCUGAACUUCUCUCAAGUCACUUCACAGUCAACAUCCAGUAGCGAUGAAGUAGGAGAGUCUGGGGCGGCGGGAGAGUCUGAGGACCUGUCUGGACUCUCUGAAGAAGAGCUCUUCUACCUGGAGGACGAGGAUGUCUACGGAGACUACGACGACAACCGUUUGCAGGAUAUCUUCUCCCAGGAGCUGCCACGACCCUUCGAAGAGCCUGACGAGAAGAGUGGUAAAGGAGGGCAGGAAGGUGAGAAUGACGCCUCUAUGGGAUCCUCGGCUGCCUCCUACGCGGGACAUUCUCCCAGUAUGUCCCAGUUCACACAACAAAACUUCGAUAAUGUUAUCCAGCAAGCGUAUUCCAACACGCUAUUUUACGGACGGAGCCGGGGGAGACAACUGAACACAAAUCCUUAAAUACUGUCCUUUCUAAGAGGACAGCUGAUGGAAGGUCCAUAAGGGACCUUCUCCAGGGAACACUUGAACACAGGAUCCCAGGAGCCUACUCGUCUAGGGGGUGACUAAACACAGAUCUCUAAAAAGGUCCUAUCGAGGUUUACCCAUGCCUAGUGUGUUCUUGUAUGGAGCUCCUAGAAACACGCACUUUUGUUAGGGGUGCAUUAUAGUGUGUGAGAAUUAGGUCACAAUACACCAGUGAAGAGCAGAAAGCACUGCCGACCUCACUACGUUCUCCUAUAUAAACUCGCUCUUCUCCAGGUUUAUCUCUGAUGGUGUGAUAAAACUCAGUGCAACGUGUACUGUACUUGUUUUUCUCUUACUAUUAUCUUCUAUCUAGCUUCUUUCCUGAAUAGAUGACUCAUUCGCACCUGCACUCCUAGUGGGUAAUUCUCUAUAACAACACGUUGAAAACAGAUAACAUAGUAAUCUGUUUUCAAGAUAACCUAGUUGAUGAUAGCGUCCUAGUCAGUGGGACUCCAGUUCGUGUCGACCACCUCACACAACAAUUUUUCUGACUAACCAAAAAUCAGCAUUUACACAGGAGAGAAACACUUCUUUUUUUCAACUGUCUCAUGUAGGCCCCUUGUCCAGCAUGCAGAAUUGUAUUGUCCAUUUGUUCAGUUUAGGACAAACGAAUAAACGACGAGUGGAUUAAGAUGUUAAUGAAGUAAAUCUGCCAAUAAUUGCUAUUUUCUACUUUAAUGUAGAUAUCGGUCAGUAUUAUUAUUUUCUUCAAUAUAUAUUAUAGCUCUUGAUAUAUAUAGUAGUAUUGUUAAUUUAAGAUGUUUCUGCCCAUAUUUGUUAAUAUGUAUAUCUUGUAUUAUUUACUGAGCAGACUGUAGUGCACAGGUCAAGCCUGUCCCACGCUACAAACCUUCUCCACAACAUAAGAAUGGAGGACCUCUACAGGAGGCCUACUGGCCCAAAUUAGGCACAUCCUU